CCCUGAUGAGGAGGGAGCCAGACCAGGGCUCCAUCCCAGAAUCCUGAGAUCAUGACCUGAGCCAAAGUCAGAUGCUUAACUUGUUUAUCCACUGAGCCACCCAGGCGCCCCACAUCAUUUUAUUACAGUCACAUGUGGAACUAUGUAGAAAUACACUCUGGAGAGUUCAGAGGCCACCAUGGGGAUUAAGACAAGGCCAAGUAGAACUCCAUGGUUCUGAUUCCUAUGUGAUUCUAUUUUAUCUGUUUUCUAUGUAGGCUUUCAUUUGUUUAAGAUAUUUCACUGCUGAAAAAGAAGAAAAGAUCGUUGUUAGUAGAAAUUUAGAAUUGGAAAGAUCUUGGAGAUAGUGUAGUCCAAUUGUCUCAUUUUACAGGUAACAUUUUGAUUCAAGCAAUUUAUCUAGGUAACCUACCCAAGAUCACAGGGUCAGUUUAUGGCUAUUUACAACCCUGUGACCAGUUGCCAUCCUACUGCCCUUCCAGAUCAGAGCUGACCACAUUGCCCUCCUCCUGGCCAGACCCUUCUUGUUACGAUCUAUCUUGUGGAGAUUACAUGAAAGUUCUCUGGUGGAGCUUUCCUGUUUUCUAGUCAGCUUUCCAUAAAUCUUUCAAUUCCAGACUUUGUUUAAAAUAUCCAAUCUAGGGAUCCCUGGGUGGCGCAGUGGUUUAGCGCCUGCCUUUGGCUCAGGGCGCGAUCCUGGAGAUCCGGGAUCGAAUCCCAUGUUGGGCUCCUGGUGCAUGGAGCCUGCUUCUCCCUCUGCCUAUGUCUCUGCCUCUCUCUCUCUCUCUCUCUCUCUCUCUGUGCCUAUCAUAAAUAAAUAAAAAUUAAAAAAUAAGAAAUAUACAUAUUAAAAAAAUAUCCAAUCUAGGGGAUCCCUGGGUGGCUCAGCAGUUUGGCACCUACCUUCAGCCCAGGGCGUGAUCCUGGAGUCCCAGGUUGGAGUCCCACGUUGGGCUCCUUGCACUGAGCCUGCAUCUUCCUCUGCCUGUGUCUCUGCCCCUCUCUCUCUGCGUGUCUCUCAUGAAUAAAUAAAUAAAAUCUUUAAAAAUAAAAUAUCAUGGGCAGCCCCGGAGGCUCAGCGGUUUAGUGCCUGCCUUUGGCCCAGGGUAUGAUCCUGGAGACCCGGGAUCGAGUCCCACAUCGGGCUCCCUGCAUGGAGCCUGCUUCUCCCUCUGCCUGUGUCUCUGCCUCUCUCUCUCUCUAUGUGCCUCUUAUGAAUAAAUAAAUAAAAUCUUUACAAAAUAAUAAUAAAAAUAAAAUAUCCAAUCUAGGGGCACCUGGCUGAUUCAGUGGUUGAGCAUCUGCCUUCUGCUCAGGGCAUGAUCCCCAGGUCUUGGGGUGGAGUCCCGCAUCAGACUCCCUGUGGGAAGCCUACUUCUUCCUCUGCCUAUGUCUCUGCCUCUCUCUUUCUGUAUGUCUCAUGAAUAUAUAAAUAAAAUAUUUAAAAUAAAAUAAAAUAUCCAAUCUAUUCAUGGACCGUAGGUGCUCUAGUCACUCCCAUUGACUGUAGACAGCCUGUUAGAUGUCUACCAAUUUCCAUUCUCCUGUCUAUUUACAGAGUCCCAUUUGGGAAGGGGAGUAGUAAAUGUGCCCAGUUAAAAGUAUUCCCAGGACCUCUUUUUAGCUCAAUACUGAACAAGAGAGCAAAAGAGGGACCUCAUGAAAAAAGCUCAUUAAAGGCACUGACUCCCUGUUAGUUCAUUUGCUUUUUGUCUUUCCUCCUCCUCUUUGCCUGGAAUACAGCUUGAUGCCUGCAGCCAUGACAAAGAUGUGAGCAUGAGGUGAAAGUUCCACCCUAGGAAUGGAGGAAUGGCAGCCUAGGAGAAGCCUGAAUCCUUGACAUGAAGCUGACAUUCUGGCCCUUGAAUAUGAUCCCCAUUUGCUCCAAUUUAGGAUAAGAACAAAGUAGACUAGGAAUUCAGUUUUAUUGAGCGAACUUCUUUUUGAACACUUACUAGUUGUGUAUAUAGUAUCCUGUAUGUUACAGGACAUAACAGCAUAAUAAUUCACUCGGUCAUACAAUGAAACAAUUUCCUCUUCUACUGCCCACCCCUAAAGGUAAGGAGAAGGAACCAGUUAUAUUAAAAACAGGGAAAAAAAAAACUUUUCAAACAGAGGGAACAACAUAUUCCAGGGCCUAGAAGUGGGAAGUGGGGAGGGUACAUUAGAGGGGAAGCAAGAGACUCAAUUGGAGAGAUGGAAACUGGUAGAUAAAAGAGACGUGCCUUAGUCCAUUUAAGCUGCUGUAACACAAGUACCAUAGUCAGAGUGGCUUAAACAACAAAUAUUUAUUUCUCACAGUUCUGGAGAUGGAGAAGUGCAAGAUCAAGUCUCCAGCAGAUGCGCUGUCUGAUGAGAAACUGUUUCCUGGUUCAUAGACAGCCAUCUUUCCUCUGUUCCCUAUGUAGUGGUGUUAAGUCCUUGGGAAGGACUAAUCCCAUUCAUGAGGACUUCACUCUCAGGACCUAAUCACAUCCCACCGGCUCCACUUCCAAAUACCAUCCCAUUGGGCAAUUAGGACUUAACAUAUGAAUUUUGAGGGGACACAAAGAGUCUAUAGCAAGGUGGUAAAGGCAUUUGAACUUCAUGCCUUGGGAAGGCAUUGAAGAGUCUAAGCUGCACAUAGCCGUUAAUAGUUUUUUUUUUUUGAACUCACUUUUGCUGCUGUACAUAAAAUGAAUGAGGUGAGAGUGGAACUGGGAGAUCAGUGUGUAGGUGGUUUAUAGUCUUUCAGGUGAGAGGCAGUGGUGGCCUGGACUGGAGUUGUGACUGAUUUGGAUAGAGGAUGGAUUCCUGAUAUACUUCAGUGAGGGAAUCAGUAGGGUUUGUUUCUGGAUUAGAUGCAGGGUUGAGGGUAAUAGAGGACCUUGUGGGUAUUGGUUUGAGUAGCUGAAUAGAUAGUGAUACUGUUUACUAAGAUGAGAACUGGAGGGAGAGUAGGACUGGAAGAAGGAAAAGAUUGGGGAAGAAAACUCAAGAGGUCCUCUUUCCCCCUUUAAGAUGUCUGUGAGGCACCUGAGUGUAGAUGUCGAGUGCAUGAUAAGCUAUGUGGGCCUGUAUGUUUAUGAAGAGGUUGAGGUUGGAGAUACAAAACCUAAAUUAAAUAAUUAAAAGAGUACUUAUAAUCCUGAGGUCAUCUAGACGAGUGUAGAGAGAAGGAAGGAGCAUCCAAGAAGCCACAGAAUAAUGCUGUGCCUUGGGUAUAGCAUCUAGGGGAGGAGCCAUUUGGUUAAUGAUUUCUUCCUUCAGGAGACUAGGACCAGGAUGCCAGCCCGAGGCUGCUGGGAGAAGGCUGCUACUGCUUCUUGUCAGGCAAGGUUUGGAUCGCAGGACCUUGAGAUGAACUUGAGAGGAGGUACAGAGAAGCAGAAGCUCUGCCAUCUGGAAGCAGGCAGCUGCAGCCGCCCCUUUGUGACUGGGUGAUUCAAGGCCAAGGGGCCCUCGGACUGGUCACGACAGCCAAUCAGGGUGCGGAGCCACAGAGCUGCACCAAUUGGAGAUUACUGAAGCCUCAACAAGGGCCAAUUGAGGGCUCGAAGCCAAGAAGACAGUGACUGGCAGACAGCUAUCAAUCAGAGGAGCGGAUCAUCGAUGUCCAAUCAGAGGGUUGAAAAUUGGCUGUCCUGAAGGUUUUCAGACCGAAAAAGACUUUCCUUUCUCCCUGACAAUCUCCACCAUGAUUCAUAGCCUUUUCUUGAUCAACUCCUCUGGAGAUAUAUUCCUGGAAAAACAUUGGAAAAGUGUGGUCAGCCGAUCUGUUUGUGACUACUUUUUUGAGGCGCAAGAGAGAGCUACUGAGGCAGAAAAUGUACCUCCAGUUAUCCCUACCCCUCACCACUAUCUCCUAAGUGUUUACCGUCACAAGAUCUUUUUUGUGGCCGUGAUCCAGACAGAGGUCCCUCCACUUUUUGUUAUUGAGUUCCUUCACCGAGUAGUGGACACAUUUCAGGAUUAUUUUGGAGUCUGUUCAGAGCCAGUGAUCAAAGAUAAUGUGGUUGUGGUUUAUGAGGUACUGGAAGAGAUGCUUGACAAUGGGUUUCCAUUGGCUACCGAAUCCAACAUCCUCAAAGAACUGAUCAAGCCUCCCACUAUCCUUCGAACGGUGGUCAACACCAUAACAGGUUCCACAAUUACUGCCGAGAUCCAGGGGGUCAUUGAUGCCUGUGUCAAGCUGACUGGAAUGCCAGACCUUACACUUUCCUUCAUGAAUCCUCGGCUGUUGGAUGAUGUCAGCUUCCAUCCUUGUGUUCGUUUCAAGCGCUGGGAAUCUGAGCGUAUCCUCUCCUUCAUCCCUCCUGAUGGAAACUUCCGCCUGCUCUCUUACCAUGUCAGUGCACAGAACCUGGUGGCAAUUCCAGUGUACGUUAAACAUAACAUCAGUUUCCGGGACAGUAGCUCACUUGGACGCUUUGAAAUAACAGUAGGACCAAAGCAGACUAUGGGAAAGACCAUAGAGGGAGUGAUCGUCACCAGCCAGAUGCCCAAAGGAGUCCUAAAUAUGAGCCUCACACCAUCUCAGGGGACACACACAUUUGACCCAGUUACCAAGAUGCUGUCAUGGGAUGUAGGAAAAAUAAAUCCCCAAAAGCUGCCAAGUUUGAAGGGGACCAUGAGUCUUCAGGCUGGAGCUUCCAAACCUGAUGAGAACCCUACAAUUAACCUGCACUUUAAGAUACAGCAGCUGGCUAUUUCCGGACUCAAGGUGAAUCGUCUGGAUAUGUAUGGAGAAAAGUACAAACCCUUUAAGGGCAUAAAAUACAUGACAAAAGCUGGAAAGUUCCAAGUUCGAACCUGAAGGGAAAGUUUUGCAAAAAGAACAGUCACGGACCCUUUUCACUUUCUUACUUGUCUAAAAGUAAAAAAUAUCAUCCUGUCUCCUAGGUCAGUACCCCCUUCUGGACCCACCCACUCCCUUUUUUCCUUAGCUUUCAGUGCGUGGAGCUAAUCAAGGGAGAGAAGGGUCGCCAGGGAGAACCAGCCAGAACUGGAACACAGCACCAACUCUGUCCUGAGAGAAGAAAUGUGUGGCGGAGGGCAGAGACACUUGAUGCCAUAUUUAACAGUUUUUAACCUGGUCACCAUAGAAAAAGACUGGCCUUUGUUACUUGCUUGGCUUUAAUUAUCUAAAGCCAACGAACGACUUUUUGUUUUCUAAGGUAGAAGUAAAUAUUAGAAAGAUGAGAAAGAAGGAAAGAAAGCUUGGAAGAAAAUGAAUGCUAGUCAAGGAAAGGCCAGUCAAGGAUCUGAUAUAUGAGGGAGAAGAAAGGAAACAGUGUUGAAGAAGUUUGAGGACACAGGCUCAAGUAAAAGGGGCAGGAAAGGCAAUCAGGCCCCACAUGGAGGAUUGGAAGGAAAAGAGUGGAGUUGGUUUCUUUCUGAUCCCUUUACUUUGAUAUAUGUAAAAUAAUUAGCAUUUCUAGAAGUGAACUGGAAACUUCUUAAAUUUGAGUCCAGUAAUGACACAGAAAACCCCAGUAGAGUCAGAUUUUCCCUUGAAGACUGUGACGAUAUCCGAUCAGUGUUCAGAUACUAACUACUGUUGGCUGUUGGCACUUGGUCUGUCAUCUCCAGUGAGAAGGUGACCUUCCCUCUUCCUGGUGGAGGUUGCCUGAAAUGCCCCUUUCCCUAACCCAAAACAAUUUACUCACUUUACAUUACAGAAUUCAGCCUUUUUCCUGUUACCCAAGGACAGUUUCAGAAAAACCAGUCCCAUAAUCAUCGUAGGACAGCCAGAUUUUGUGUCACAGUGUUGGAGUGUAGAUGGCCAUUUCAUUCUUCAUGAAGUGCAUCACAGCUGUAGCCCAGCGACUCCUUAUUUAUACUUCUCAGAGCCAGACAAGUGCUGGAGUCUAAGUCUUGCUCUCUAAUGCUUUCCAUCAGUCACUCUGAGUAAAGAGAAAGCUUACUUUAUGAGUAAAAUGUAAAGAGGGGCGUGGUUAAUCCUGGAAGCUGCUCAGUAAAGUUAUUUCCUUGGAGUCUCCUGUGCUUGACUCUAUAAUAGAUCUAUUAAUAAUAUAGAUCUACCAAUCCAUCUUUGUUUCGAGGCAAAAAAACAACAACCCUGAACCUUUGAAUAAAACUGAUAUUAAAGAUGAUGGGCCAUGUUGAUCUUGUGUAACCCAGUUACACAGAAACAUGGUAGCUGAGGGGGUACCUCAGACUUUCCCAAUGGGUAAUUUUUAUUCUAGUUCAAUAUGCCUAUUACCAUUUAAAUAUUUAUAUAAAAGACAGGUUUUUAAAAUUAUUAUUGUUAUAGCUUAAGGAGUGGUAUUAUGCUCUGAUUCAUGCAUGGAGAAAAAUGAAGACCUGUACUCUCCAAACCCUGUAAUUUUUCCCUAAAGCCCUGUUUCCAAAUACUUAAGCAAUUUUGUUUUGCUAGUCUUAUCUCCCUACUUCCUGGACUUGUUUUUGCUGCAGAGUAAUGCUGCUUUAUGGUUUUCCUCUGGGAUAAAUUGUGUUGUAUACAAACAGGUGUGUUUCAUACUCCCAUCACUCCAGAAUUUGUCCUGAAUUACUAUGUCCUAUAUACACACCUGACACAGUCGGGGAAACAGCUCUGCCUAGGAAUCCAGAACACUUGGAAUUACUUCUCCUGUGGGCUCUGAGGGAUUUAAGGUUUCCUAGGUGAUAGGAAACAACCAGUCUUGGUCCCUGGAUAUUUUUAGGUUAUAAAUCCAGCUGUUCUAUUACCUCUCAGACAGCUCAUCCUAAUUUCAAGGGAAGAAUUUGACGAAAAAUCAAGUAUCUAGGGUAGAGGACCUAUGAGCCUUAGCAUGUGAAGUAAUAUAUCACCUGUGUAGCAGACCUCUGGAGCCCAGUGGAGCAUCACCACGACCACUCAGCCACAUGUUAGCGUAAGUAGUGCAGGGUGUCCUGGUUCAGCUGUUCAAUUCCAUAUGUGGUUUUAAUGUGUGGAAGUAUCUCCUGUGUUUAAAUCGUAAUAAAGUUGAGUUUUACCAGUCCUCUAUGUCCUAAGUGUU